AUUAUAUAUGCUGAAAUCAUUCCAAAAUUCCAUACGCACAUCGAAUUUUAUCCACGUUUGUUAAUUAAUAAAAAAUUAAAAAAAAUUCUAUCCACAUUCACACCAAAGAGUGUAAACGUACGAGAACCGAGCAACAGAUGAGUUUCGCGAGAAUUUUUGAAUACAAACUCAUUAUAAAAAUUGCACGAAGAGAAAAUUAACCGUUUCAAUUGAUGUGAUUAGUAAUUGAGAAAUGACAAAGUGGGAAAAGUCACGCAGACUGAGCAUAAAUUAGACAGGCAAAUGAGCACGAUUAAAUGGAGUGAGCAACGAGUGACGACCGGCCUACACAAACGCAUAAUCAAGAAAAAGGCGCUGGUAAUUUUCUGAAAUGGUGCAAUAACAGCAACAAAACAAAAAAUAAUGUAAAAGAAUUCAGUACGAACAAAGUGGAAAACAAUUGCUAACGCAAAACACUCUGAUCAAGUGAAUUACAAAAGUCAAAACGGGGAAUAACAAAAAUCAACAAAACAAAUUCGAAAAAAGAAGCCAAGAACAACAAUAACAAACAGCAAAAAAAAAAUAGCGACAUGUUGAAAUUGUUCGCCUAUUUUGUUUUCACACUUUGUUUGCAUUUAGUUCGUCCGAUGGUGUCGAUAAACGACACACGACCCGACGUUCAGCGUUCAUUCGUUCGGCACAAUUCACAUUUGCAUCAUCAUCAUCACCAGCAUCAAAAUCAUCAACUAAUACCAACGAAUCGUUAUAACCCAAACACGCGUACAAAAAAUCGCAUCGAUGUUUAUACGACGGAAUCACGGACAUGGAAUUUAUACCAUAAUGCACACGAUGCUGGCUAUGGUAACAGCAACAGCAACAGCAACAGCAACAGCAACCGUAAUCGAAAUAAAAAUAAAACGCAAACGGAACGAUUGCCAAGUGUGAAUACAAAAUUGCAGUCGAUAACAUCGAAAUCACCGACUAAAUCGUUGACCAAUCCAUUGAAAUUGACGCUGAUCCAAACGAAUGGCCAUUCGUUUGUGGCAAAUAAUUAUCCAGAUGCAUUUAAUACGCAUCGUUGGCCCAUUGCACCCCAAUCACCGUCAACGGACUACGAUAUAAAAUGGAGAACAGCCAAUAAUCCAUUUGCAUUGCAUUCUAAUCCAGGCAUCGAAUCAGUUCCAAUUUCAACGGCUCCACCGAUGUUAACAACAACAACAAUAACCGCAGCAACAGCAGCAGCAGCUACGACAAUGACUCCGAUGACGAUGCCAACGGCUAAAGUGUAUCGAGCAUUCACUGAGCAUCGAAUGCAUACGAAGCAUCAUCAAACAGGCAUUGGGCGACAUGUAUGCGUCGAUUAUAAAUCUAUUAUAACGCCAGCCAUACAACAGGAAAAUCGACAACAGCCCUGCAAAGACGAUAACUUGUGCGAAAUUCCAAGAUUGAAUUAUGAUAAUUUCAAUACGAUUUUGCCACGAAGAAUCGGCCAUACCGUUUAUAGUUGUUGUCCAGGAUGGAGUAAAGUGAGCAAACAUUCGCAUGGGUGCACAAAACCGAUUUGUAAAACACCUUGCAAAAAUAAUGGUAAAUGUGUGAAGCCUGAGUCGUGCUCGUGCCAAAAUGGAUACACGGGCCGACACUGUGAACUUGAUGUAAAUGAAUGCGAAACGGAAAAGCCAUGCGAUCAAAUGUGCUACAACACGGAUGGAUCAUUUUAUUGCACUUGCCGUUUGGGUUUCAUUUUGCAUUCGGAUCGACAGAGUUGCAAGAAAAUCGAUUCGUCUUUUGGCAACGACGAUACGGGCACCGCAUUUGAGGCCAGAGACUUGGAAAAUGAUGUGGAUAGCGAGGAUUUGGUCAUACGUAUGAAUAACAUUGAAAAGCUUAUGAUCACGGAGAAAGAGCGGAAUGUGGAAACAAACAAAUUAAUGCAUCACACAUUGGCAGCAGUUAACAAUCUGAAGCAUCGUUUGGAUGGUUUGGAGAAUCGACAGCAUGAGCUCAGCCUGGUACGUGAACGACUGAAAACCUUUGAAAUACAGGCAAACAAACUCCAAUACACCGUCGAUCUCCUGUACAAAUGCCAUCAUAAACCAUUAAUUUAUUGCCCACAAUAGUACAUACGAUAUCAUCCCAUAUCAUUAAAUAAUUUUAUACGAGUCGAAAUAUUUUAGCCAUUUUAGUUCCUGCAUGUCAAUAAAUGAAUAAAAAUCGAAAUAAAUAAGCACU